AUGCCUGAACAGGGCAUACUCGCAUCCGUACGAAAAUAUACAUUGAAGUUUGUUCGAUUUGUGGCUUAUCGAAAGCCACGCCCCGCGCCUGGAAGAGCAACAAGGUUCAUCAAUGGAUGGUUAAAUAUCGCAGUCCGGCCGAAAACAUUCCUUCAAUUUGUAGGCCUCCCAGACCUUUGGAGCCUAAAACAGCAGCGUCUACCCAGCCCUCCGUCCAACGUCGCUCACUUCCAACCAGAGCCCUAUGACCAGCGUCAACUCCAUCUCCAGAAUACAAGGAGCACGACGAAGCGCACAAUGCCGGGCUUGGAAUGCACAUGCGGCCGCCCCUUCCGCAGCGAAGCAGACUUGAAACAGCAUAGACGGGCUAAAUCUCGUUUUAUUUGCCGCCGCUGCAACAAAUGUCUGGCCUCGGCCGAAGCCCUCCAGGAACACAAGGCUUUCCACGCGACAUGUUGGGAAAAUCCACUCAAAGACAUGCGAUGGCGUUGCAACGACUGUGGAGCGGUAUUUGAAAGCCGAGCGGCUUCGAACCAACACGUUCAAAUAACGGGACACGCUACCGAGUUUCGCUGCUGUGACUGUAACAAGGGCUUCAAGAGCGAGAAAGCUCUCAUCGACCACCUAGGAGCCAAGGACCAUGGGACGCCCGUCGCAAGGCCACAGAGAAGCAAAGAACCCAAAGAAUACAGAGAAUGCAAAGAAUGCAAUCGUACUUUUAAGAAGGUCAAAUCUUUACAGCAGCAUCUGGAUUCCGUCAUUCAUCGUCCAAUUAGCAACUUGACUUGCAUGGCGGGCAAGAUUAGUGGCGUGGAGUGCAAUGCCCAUUUCCGGAACCCUUCAGCUCUCAUUGCCCACAUGGAGAGCGGCACUUGUCGGUCGGGCAUGGACCGACAGAAACUCAACAGGCUGGUGCUCAUGCAGGACACCGAGAAUCUCAUCACCAGUUCCGACGGCAGCUUCGAGUCCUUGGGCUGGGCUAGCCUGGAUAACGAGCCCGAACUAAGCUGCUCCGGGGUUAUGACGCCAAGCACAGAUUCAGGCGAGGGUGUCAUGCUGACGCCUAGUAGCAGUCAGAUGGAUUUGAUGGGCCUCGUUGCAAGAGAUCUUGCCGGACUCGAUUUAUCUGAUACGGAUAGCAACUGUCCAGAGUUGCCUGCCAACGGCAUUUAUCUUUGCCCCCUCUGCCCUCGCAGCAAAAGGCGCUUCCAUGGAAGAACAGCUCUCGAGCAACAUAUGCAAUCGCCUGCUCACAAGCCCAAGAUUUUUCACUGUCCUUCAAUCCUGUUCCAAGGAAACUCUGAGAAAUCCAGGCCGAGUAUGAAGGAAUUUUCAACAAUCAGCGGGCUUGUUGCUCACAUCGAGAGCGGUGCGUGCCGUGGCGGCAAUGCUGGAUUGCGUACAGUGAUGCAGUACAUGGAAGAGAGGCUGGAGGACAUGGGAAUAUCGUUCAAGCUGCUGAGCGUAUAA